UCCGAUUCCCUGUCCCAGUCGCUGCGUCCGCGAGGCGAGAGUUCAUCCGGGAAACGGCCAACUGUUGCAAGUUGCACUCAGCACUCAGCAGGGAGCAGCCUGCAAGUUAAUGGCUCCAAUUACUGCCCUAAGUGCAGCAAAUUACGCGUGUGAGAUUGAUUAAUGGCCUUGUAAGCCAGUUGGAGGCGGAGAAAAGCUGAUUGUAAGCCGAGGAUUUGGCUAUACGAGUCAUCUGGUUAGGCUGACCCCAUUUCCCUUCUAACUGGCAAUAACAACAUAAAAUUACUUUCAGAACAAGCACAAUGGCCAACUCCAAACGAAAGCUACCCACGAAAAACAGUACCCCGCAGGACUCUACCCAGGAUAAAGAUCUUUCCAGGUCUACGAAUAAAUCUCCCACAGAAGUGGCUCCCGCACAUGCCAAAGACUCCUCCCUCCUGAACAACUUCUUUAGGGACUGCCUAGGUCACGACCUAAGCAACUUCUCCAGUUUGUCCCACUUUACCAGCUGGCUGCAGAGACCCGUGGAUGGAGCCGCCUUGGGCGUGUUUCGGAUGCUCUAUGGAGCAGCCAUGCUGAUUGACAUUGCAGAGGAGCGAGGCGGUGGACAGCUGGAUGUGCGAUUUCAAGACCCUCUCCACUGUCAUUUCCCACUCUUCAACGGGAUGCGGGCGCUGGACUAUCCCCUGAUGGGCUGCGUCUACCUGUGCAUGUGGCUGGGCGCCUGGGGCAUCAUGCUGGGCUACCGAUUCCGGGCCAGCUGCCUGGUCUUUUUGCUGCCCUACUGGUACAUCUUCCUGCUGGACAAGCCCACGUGGAACAACCACAGCUAUCUCUUCGGCCUGGUGGCGAUCUUGCUGCUCUUCACCCAGGCGGAGUCCUACUGCUCCCUGGACAGUUGGCUAAGUCCUCGGAGGAGUCGCUGCAUUCCCUACUGGAACUACUUCAUCAUCAAAUUUCAGUUCUUCGUUUUGUACACCUACGCAGGUCUGAAGAAGUUCUCCCUGGAGUGGCUGUCGGGCUAUGCCAUGUCCAACCUCAGCCACCACUGGGUCUUUGCUCCAUUCCGCCAGGUGAUUGAUCCCGAGCUGAUUGACCUACUGAUCGUGCACUGGUUCACCGCCUUCUUCGACCUGUCCAUCGCCCUUUUCAUGACACUGGAGAAGACGCGCCUGCUGGUCACCCCUUUCAUGCUCAGCUUCCACCUCAUGAACUCCCGACUCUUCGUAAUAGGCAUGUUUCCCUGGGUUUGUUUGGCCGAGGUGCCGCUCUUCUUCAGCUUCGACUGGCCCAGGAGAAUACGCAGAUGGUCGAAGACACCCCUUCUCCAGCCGAAAGAUCCAACAGAAGGGCAGGACAAGCCGGGAGUACUAGCCAGGCUGCGCACUUGCCUCAUCCUCGGCUACUGCGGACUUCAGCUCUUCCUGCCAUACUCCCACUUCAUCACCAAGGGUUACAACAACUGGACGAAUGGCCUGUAUGGCUACUCCUGGGACAUGAUGGUGCACUCGUACGACACGCUGCAGACCUCAAUCCAGGUGGUGGACAAUGAGAGUCGCCAGGUGCACAACUUGAAUCCGUACGCGUUCACGGAGUACGAUCGAUGGACGAAGUACGCCGACAUGGCUGUCCAGUAUGCCAAGUGCAUCGACGAGAACCUUCGGCAGGGACAGCCGGAGAUGGCCAAAAACAUCUCCAUCUACUUCGACAUCUGGUGCUCGAUGAAUGGUCGCUUCCAGCAGCGCUCCUUCGAUCCGCGUGUGGAUCUCCUCCGGGCCAAGUGGUCGCCCUUUGAAAGCACCUCCUGGUCGCUGCCAUUGCUGAACGAACUGAAUCACAUGCGGCCUAAGUUGCGGACCAUUGAGACCGAGGUGCUGGCCUGGAACAACUACUCCGAUGUGAUCUUCGUGGCCGACUUCCCCGGCCUGACGUUGACCAACUUCAUCUCGCCGGACCUUAUCAACUGCACGCUGACCAUCCUCGAGGGAAACGUGCGGUACAGAAACGAGCGGGAUCCGGAGGCGUAUUUCCUGACGGCCGGCAAGAGCAUCGGUCUGGAGAGCAACAUCACCCACCUGGUGACCACCAUUGGCCAGAAGCCAGCCUCGUAUCUGUUCACAUACACCAACAAGACGAUGCUGGAGCAGGCCAUCACGAUAGACAAGCCGCAGACGGAGGAACGUUCCAUCUUGCCGCUGUGGCAGGAGUUCCAGCACCGAGUGGCGAACUACCAGCAGUUUCUGAUACACAUUGGCAACUGCCUGAUGCACUUGCUCUACGAUGUGCCCAUUCCGCUGGCCGUGAAAGAGAAAGAUUGAAAGUGAAGGCUAACCAUCGGAACUGUUUCGGUUUUCACUUGAUCCUUAUUCGAUUCGAUAUCAAAACUUAAUGGAACCUCACAUAUUUUAAAUCAACCCACUCAGUAUUCCUUUUUUUUAAAAUGAAUCUUACGGAAAGUGGAAUAUAUUCCUUACUUUUGUUUGGGUAAAUAUAUUUUGUAAAUAAAUCCACGUCCAUGUUCCAUUAUACCGAGGUAUACAGGAAGUAAUUGCAUUUAAUGAGCGUACAUUGAAGGGAAUUUAUACUUGAACUUAUGAAUUUUGCCAUGUGAAACCAGAAAACACAUUCAAACGAAUCCCGACAACGUGAAAACCGUAACAGUGCGAUAAAACCGAAUGUAUGGGUGAUAAAACUGAUAAUAAAUGUUCCAUAUUGUACCGCA